AAAAGUCAAAACUUUUAUUCCAAAUUCAAAUCCAAAAAUAUUAGAAAUAAUCCAAAUCCAAUCUAAAUUUAUUGGUUCAAGGUCAACUAUAGAGAGAGAUAUGGCAUACACAACACAGCUGAUUUCUGUGAAGCAAACAAACAUCGUCUUCUUAAUUCUUCCCACAACUCCCAUUGCCUCUUCAAGUAAUUUUUUCAAGGUUCAACUAGAGAGAGAGAGAGAUGGCAUACGCAGCUGUGAUUUCUCUGAAGCAAACAAUACAUCGCCUUCUUAAUUCUUCUCACACUCCCAUCGCCUCUUCAAGUCGAGAAAUCCUCGAAUUCGCUUACAAACAGAUGACAUCCUUGCAGGAAUUUCUCAAAGAAUUCUACCACACCAACAGCAACAGAUGGAAUGCUCUCGACGUAAAAAUCAGAGACGCCGUACACAAAGCAGAAGAUGCGCUCGAAUCCAGCGUCUCACAUCAGUACUCUCUCUCUCUACCCGAUGAUGGAGCUCUGGAUCUCGAAGAAGCAGCGAGGCGAGAGGUACAUUCCUUGCUCGAAACCAUCACGAAAAUGAAGGACGAUUACAUUGCAGAAUUACAAAACCCCAAACAUGACGAUGAAGACGAAGACGAUGGCGCAGCCGUUUCAUCAAAUAAUGAUUUCGGCGCUGAAAUGGUCGGAUUAUCCGAGGAGUUAGCCGAAAUCAAAGAGCAUCUGCUCAAAACAUUGAGGCCGUACGAUUUUGGGGUUUUCUCCUACGUGGGGAAGAUAGGUUCUCUCAGAAGCAUCGCUGCAAAAGCACUCUUCGACGAAACAUUCGUCGCAAAAGAAGAGCCCUUCGAUUGCGGCGCGUGGGUCACCAUAGGCAGAAACCCCCAAUUUACAGAAAUUCUCGCGAGCAUCCUUGCCCAGGUAGAUGAUCGCGCUCGCAACGAUGACGAUGAUUUGGGGAAAUUGAAGGAAGAUCUGUACGCGAGCUUGAAGGAUCGGAGAUACAUGAUUGUGGUAGACGAUGUAGACGAGGUGGAGGUUUGGGAUGAGCUGAGGAAGUCAUUACCAGAGCAACACAAUGGGAGCCUAAUCGUGCUCACUACGCAGCUCAUUGAAGUAGCUCAAUUUGCCAAAAGUUUUUAUAUUCACGAAAUGCCGACUUUUUUUAAUGAGAACGUUUGGGAUUAUCUUCGACUGAUGAUGUUUGGGUGCGAGAAGGAGAUCGAUCCAGAAAUGGAGAAAGCGGGGAAGAAGAUUGCAGAGAAUUGCGGAGGAAGUCUGAUUGCAGUGGCUAGAGUGAUCCCCUUCCUCUACAAAACUGGGAAGACGGCGGAGUGGUGGACCCAGCUAGCGGCGGACCCACAGCAUUCCAUAUUCGUCGUCCAAGAUGAAAUUUCCGAGGUUUGUAAAAUCAAAGAAGAUGAAGCCGACUAUGAGAUUUCUGCCACAGCUGCACUUGACUUGUCUUAUGCUCUUAAACUAAACAAGGAGUAUCUUUUUCCCCAAACAUACUUUCCCAAAUCAGCAAUAAUGUUGUUCUCUGGAAUGCCAGGUAUUGGUAAGACUGCUUUUAUCAAGAAUAUUUUUCAAGAUUCCUCAAUUUCACAUCAUUAUCACCACCGAGUGUGGAUCGCUCUUGGCCCUAAAUAUAAACCAGAAGAAAUCUUGAUAGAUAUUCUAGCUCAGAUAUAUCCAGACAUUGAUAGACAACAAGUUAAGGAAGAUGCCAAAUUAGCUGCAGAUUUAUGUGCGGAAUUAUCAGAAAAGAAAUGCUUCAUUGUGUUGGAUGAUAUGUGGAAGCCAGACCCCAUACACCACUUGAAAAUUUUAUUCCCAAACAUUAGAGCUAAAAUCUUUGUGACAACUAGGCAACUUGUAGUGGGACUAUCACUUGGGCCAGAUGACAGGUUUUACAGAGUGAGAUUACUAAAUAAAGAAGAAAGUUGGGAUCUUCUUCACCACAAGGUGUUUGUUGAUGGGUCAUGUCCUCCUCAGCUAGAGAAAGUUGGAAAGAAAAUUGCCAACAAUUGUGAAGGUCUUCCUCUCUUAAUCCUCACAAUUGCCAAUCUCCUCUUAAAAGCUGAGAAAACCACAGAGUAUUGGAGCAUGGUAGCAGAGGAGAAAAAUACAGUCUUUAAGGAUGCGUAUGAUCAAAUGCAUAAGGUGUUAUACCCUAGCUAUCAGUACUUGCCUCAACAAUUAAAAGCCUGUUUUCUCUACAUGGGAGUUUUCGCGCGAAAUCAUGAGAUCCCCGUGUCGAAGCUCAUUGAUAUGUGGGUUACAGAGGGAUUUCUUGAGCCAGAUCCUUCUCAGACUUUAGAAGAUUUUGCUCUAAAAUGUUUGAAGGAGAUUGUGAAUAGAAGUCUAGUUAUGGUCCAACUGAGGGACUCUGAUCCCAAAUCUAGUAAAACAUGCAGACUUCAUUCUGUGUUUUGGCAUAUGUGCAGCAGUGAAGCUGAGAAGAGCAUGUUUUUCAAUGCUUAUACUGGUGAUUCUGUAGGAGGUUUGAAGGAGCAGAGGAGAGUCUGCAUUCGUAACAACAUUUUGUUAGGCAUCAAACACGAGCAUUGUAACUCAAUGCCAUCAUCUGUUUCAUGCACGCGUUCUCUCUUAUGUACUGGUCCACACCAUCAGUAUCCUGUACCAAUACCUUUUAGGUCGAGGCCGUUGCUCAGGAUAGUAGAUGCUCUGUCAAUCCGUUUAUACGAGUUCCCAAGUGAAGUAGUGGAACUCAUCCAUCUAAGGUACCUCACCCUCACUUGUGAUGGGAGGCUUCCUGCUUCUAUAUCCAAACUUCGCAACCUUGAGAGCUUGAAUGUGAGAAGGCAUCUGAGCACCAAAUCAUUUGAAGAUUCUUCAAUUAUGCCCAUGGAAAUUUGGAGUAUGAAGGAACUGAGGUAUCUUCGAGUUACAGGAUGCAAGCUACCUAACCCUGGUAGUGAUGAUGAGGUUUUACCCAACCUCUCAACAUUAUUAGAUGUGAGCAUUGAUAGUUGCAGUGAAGAGGUUCUUAGAGGUGUCCCAAAUCUAAAGAGGUUAGGAGUUCAAAUCCAACUCGAGCCGGGUGAGGAUGGGAAGUCCUUCCACUACUUGAAUCACAUUUCCAGUCUCAGCAAACUGGAAUCACUUAAAUGUGUCGUUGUGAAUCCUGACCUAUGUCACGGCGCCAUCACUCCACCUGCUCCUCAUUCCAUGUUCCCACAAGGUCUUAAGAAGUUGAGCUUGAGUGGGCUUGGAUAUCCUUGGAGUUACAUGGACAUAAUUGGCAGGCUACCGAAUCUUGAAGUGCUCAAGUUGCGAUGCUAUGCCUUUCAAGGACCGGUAUGGGAAACAGAUUAUGUCAGUUUCUGCGAACUCAAGCUUCUGUCAAUCGAGGAUACUGAUCUAGUGCGGUGGCGAACCAGAAACCCAAGCUUCUUCUCUGUUAAGCAUCUUAGAAUCAAACACUGCUACAUGCUAGAAGAGCUCCCUCUUUAUUUGCCCUGUUGUGUUCAAAUGCUUCAAGUGGCUGACUGCAGCCCUUCAGUUGUGAAAUGGGCAGAAAAAAUGAAACAGAAUGAUUGGGAUUACAGAAUAGAAAAGCUAACAACUGAUGUCCAUUCUUCAUGGGAUGAUGGGAACCUCCUUGCUUAAAAAAGUAGAUGAGUGCAACUCUGUGGUUAUGAAUUGGGCAGAGGAAAUGAAAGAGAAGCUUACAAGAAACAAGUCACUUGCAUGCUCAUGGGAUGCUGGGAAGAAAUUCAGCCUUCAAAUAAUGAACAUUUGUUGCUAUGUUGUUUGGUAUAUUUUGUUAUGUAUUUUGUUUGAAUCAAUAUUUUGCAUUUCACUUGAGAAAAUUCUAAUGAAUAGAAGAAAAUGCAAUGUACAAUGUAUAGUAAACAGGAGUAUCAUUUUAUUUCAUUGAUAAAAUGAUGUUCAAAUUGUGUACCUA